GUGCCAGUUUAGAGUCUAAAACCACUAGUACUAUUGGGAUAAAUGAGAGCCACCUGAAACUAAAAUGUAUUUAAACAAAACAGACAUAUGUAAAUACAAAGACACUGAUAUCUCCAAAUCUAACAUAUUACUGCCUAAUACUUAAUUAAAAUGUAAAUUGAAAUUGAAAAUAGUGUUAAUUUGGUCUAAAUGCGGUGUCAUUUCAAUUAUUUAAAACAAUUAAAUGUUAGAGAUUGGUGUGUUAGAAACAUCUAUAAUAAUGCAUUUGCACAGUUGUUUGUCCUUUUCUCCAUACUGUUUCUGCAGAUUGGAGACAGAUGAAGAGAUUAGACCUGUGACUUUCACUGACUCUGACUGUCAGACCCUCAUCAGGCAGAGAGUCAAAGACCAACACAAAACCAGCAUGAAGAACAAGUAUGAGAGAUUAUUUGAGGGAAUCAAACUAAAUGAGAAUCAAACCCUCCUGAACAGGAUCUACACACAGCUGUACAUCAUAGAGGGAGAGAGUGAAGGGGUGAAUGAAGAACAUGAGGUUUUACAGAUGGAGAAAACUGCUCAAACACAAGACACUCCAAUCUACUGCAAUGACAUCUUUAAACCAGGAUGUGAGGAGAAAGACAAAAUCAAGACUGUUCUUACUAAAGGCAUCGCUGGAAUUGGAAAAACCGUCUCUGUGCAGAAGUUCAUUCUGGACUGGGCUGAAGGAAAAGCCAAUCAGGAUGUAGAUUUCAUGUUUGUGCUUCCAUUUCGAGAGCUGAACUUGGUUAAAGAUCAGCAGUACAGUCUUCACAGACUUCUGCUGGACUUUCAUCCUGUACUUCGAGAUCUGAACUCAAAGAUUUAUGAGGAGUGUAAAGUUGUUUUCAUCUUUGAUGGUUUGGAUGAAAGCAGAAUUGCACUGAUGUUUUCAGAUGAUGAUGAGAAGGUUUGUGAUGUGAAUGAGUCUUCAUCAGUGGGUGUGUUGAUGUCAAAGCUCAUCAGAGGAGACCUGCUUCCUUCUGCUCUCAUCUGGAUCACCUCCAGACCAGCAGCAGCCAAUCAGAUCCCCUCAAAAUACAUCAACCGUCUGACAGAGAUUCAGGGAUUCAAUGAGCCUCAGAAGGAGGAAUAUUUCAGGAAGAGAAUCAGUGAUGAUCAUCAAUCCAGCAGAAUCAUCUCACACAUUAGACGAUCAAGAAGCCUCCACAUCAUGUGUCACAUACCUGUCUUCUGCUGGAUCUCAGCCACUGUCCUUCAAAACCUCUUGAAACAAGAUGACACUGCAGAAAUCCCUCAAACUCUGACUGAAAUGUACAUCCAGUUCCUGCUGACUCAGAUCAACAUGAGGAAUCAGAAAUAUGAUGAGAAAGAUCCAAAGAAAAUCUUUAAGUUCAAUAGAGAUGUGAUCGUGAAACUUGCUGAACUGGCUUUCAAACAACUGAUGAAGGGCAAUGUUAUGUUCUAUGAGGAGGACCUGAUUGAGAGUGGCAUAGACGUCACUGACGCCUCAGUGUUUUCUGGGAUUUGCACUGAGAUCUUUAAGGAGGAAACUGUGAUUCAUCAGAGGAAAGUCUACUGCUUCAUUCAUCUGAGCUUUCAGGAGUUUCUAGCUGCGUUAUAUCUGUUUUACUGCCAUGCUGUCAAAAAUGAGAACUCGCUGAAGAUGUUUCUGAAUAAAAGAUAUCAGCUGUACAGUGAGAAAAACUCUCUGUAUGAGUUAUUAAAGCCAGCAGUUGAUAAAUCCUUACAGAGUGAAAAUGGACACCUGCAUCUUUUCCUGCGGUUCCUGCUGGGCAUCUCACUGGAGUCCAAUCAGAGACUCUUACAGGAUCUACUGACACACACAGAGAACAGCUCAGAGAUCAUCAAGAGAAUCACACAGUACAUUAAAGACAUAAUCAAGAGUGAUGAUUGUCUCUCAACUGACAGAUGCAUUAAUCUGUUCCUCUGUCUGCUGGAAAUGAAGGAUCAGACUCUGUUCAGAGAGAUUCAGGAGUUUGUGAAAUCAGAGAAUCACUCAUCAAAUCAACUCUCUCCUUCUCACUGCUCAACAAUUGCCUACAUGCUUCAGAUAUCAGAGGAGGUGCUGGAUGAGUUUGAUCUGAACAAAUACAACACAUCAGAUGAGGGUAGAAUGAGACUGAUACCAGCUGUCGUGAACUGCAGAAAAGCUCUACUUGCUGAAUGCGAUCUCACUGAUAAAUGCUGUGAAAGUUUGUCUUCAUCUCUACAAUCAUCAAACUCACUGACAGAGCUUGACCUGAGUUACAAUGACCUGCGGGAUUCAGGAGUGAAGCUACUCUCUGAUGGUCUGAUGAAGACCACACACUGUCAACUCAACAUACUGAGAUUGUCCCUCUGUAAUCUCACUGAUCAGUGCUGUGAACGUUUGUCUUCAUGUCUAAAAUCAUCAAACUCCUCACUGAGAGAGCUGGACUUGAGUCACAAUGAUCUACAGGAUUCAGGAGUGAAGCUUCUGUCAGAUGGAUUGAAGACUGUCAACUGUCAACUCAACAAACUGAGAUUAUCUGGCUGUAUGGUGACAGAGAAAGGCUGUUGUUAUCUGGCUUCAGCUCUGAGUUUAAACCCCUCACACCUGAGCGAGCUGGAUCUGAGCUACAAUCAUCCAGGACAAUCAUUAGUCAAGCUGAUCUCUGAUCCAAACUACAGACUGGAUAAACUCAAUGUAGAUCAUGGAGAAGAGAGCAGGAUUAAACAAGGACCACUUAAAUAUGCAAGUGAGCCCACACUGGAUUUAAGCACCGCGCUCAAUUGUUCUGCUCUGUCUGAGAGGAUCAGAAAGGUGAUGUGUAUUAUGAUAAAGCAGUUGUAUCCUGAUAAUCCAGAGAUAUUUGAUGAGUGUAAUCGGGUUGAGUGUAAUGAGAAGCAGACUGGGUGCUGUAAAUGGAAGCCUAAAAGAGUGAGAAGGCUGUAAUGACUGAGACAAAUCAGACACAAUUAUUUGUCAUAUUUAACAAAUAAUCUAUAAAACUCACACUGGCACUCUGUAAGCAGUCUCCCCCAUGGACCAGACUGAGCAAAGACCUCAGUUACCAUGAACACCAUUGGAUAAGCAGUGGCCAUAGUCGUCAAAACAGACUUUCCUGCAUUAAUUUAUAGAUGAGCUGUUCUAUAAGUGAACAUAGCUGUUUUUGGCAGUGUCUUUUGUAUGGUAUUUUGUGUUAUGCAUAUUUUAUGAUAAGACCCAAUGGUUAAUGUAACUAACGUAACUAACGUAAACUAACCUAUACCAAAUUUGGUGCCUAUCAGUUUGUAUUUUGAAGAUUUAAAUGCUCAUGUGUAUGAUAUGUCGAUACCUGUGCAACAUAUCAGUAUUACAAGAAUCUUUAAUAGUUUCUUCAAAACAACAAGUCAGUUUCAUAUGCAGAUGCCCUGCUAGAAACACAAAGGCUCGUAAAAGCCCCCGUAGAGGAGGUUUGCCACUCGGAAAUCCUACCCUUCUCAUUGGUGAGGUCAACCCUCAGGGGAGUAACUUCUCCUGGACCUUAAAAGCCAGCGCACGAUGCUCCUCCCUCUCUCUUGUUUCUUUGACUUGUUGGUCGGCACUCUGUCCUUCUAUAGCGUCUCUGACUUACUCCCACGCUUACACACAUUCAACAGCAUAUUCACUGAAACCCUGAUGCUGAAUUUGGGCUUCAUUAUUCUAAUAGUUCAGUGUCAGCUGUGAGAUUAAACAGCUUCCCAUGAAAAACAACUAAAACACAGUUGAGUGAAAGAAACAUAUUAAAAUGAUCUCUCUCUUAACUCACACAGCUGUAAACUCUUUCUCUCUUCUAAUCUUAAUUUCAGUGUGUGUAUAGAAACACAUCUUGCCUUUGGUCUAAAUGUGUCUUGACCUCAACAUUAUUACAGGCUGAUCAUUUAUUUUCAAAUUGUUUUAGACUGUUGUUUCUAAAAACCCUCACAGAUAUUUAAAAGACCAUUUUUAAUUUAAUGACCAAUAAAAUGUUAAAAUUUUCUUAAAUGUUUUUAAUCAUUUUUCAUCUCAUAUACAUAAAAUCACAUAUGGGUCAACACAGAUACUAGAAAUAAUGUUUGUAAUGUCAAAUGUUCAUCAUACAUAUAAAAAGAAAGUCACCUGGAUUAUAAAAUUUUCCAAAUCUAGCAUUUAGAAAUGUUGUGGUUUUAAACUCCAGUGGCAGGUAAAGGUGUGAGUCUUGUUUUGUAUCAAGAAUCAGUGACAGGAUGCUUAAGUGCAGGAUAUUUAAAGGGGUCAUGAACUGCGUUGGUUUAUUGUUUUAUAAUGUUUCCUGGGGUGAACUUAUAAUGUUAGUAUGGUUUUUACAUCCAAAAUUGUCAUAAUUUGUGAAUAAAAGGCAUUUUUCCUUCCCUGAUUUUAGCCUCUGGUUUGAACGCUCAUUUUUAAGAGGCGUGUCUGCUGUGAGACUUCUGUGUAAACGCCCACUGCUGUGAUUGGCUAACAUCUUUGCAUAUGAAAUAGA